ACUAUAUUUAUUUCAUUUGUGUUUACAAAUACAGAAGGAGUAUUUCGGAAUCAUGAAACGCUUAAAACAGUGGUGAAUAUUGGUGCUAUAUUACCACCUAAUACAUUGACGGAAGUAGCCUUCUCUUCUUCUCUUGCUAGAGCUUCCAUGGAAAGUGAACAUUAUCAUUUUGUUCUAAAAGUAUUGUAUGCGCCGUUUGGCGAUAUUUUUGCUGCUUCUAAAGCUGCUUGUGAACUGAUAGCGGAUGGAGUGAUCGCUAUAUAUGGUCCAAUGGACGUAAAUUCAGCCGCCAUUGUGGAAGCACAUUGUCGCGCCUCGAAAAUUCCUCAUAUCCAAGCUGUGUGGCGGCCUCCUCGAGUACGAGGCCAAGAACAGCCGAGUCCUCCUGGCAUUAACUUGCACCCCGAAGCAGUUGCUCUUUCGAAAGCUGCUGCGUUUUUCAUAAAAGAUAGUGAUUGGAAUGCUUACACACUUCUCUAUGAUGAUGACCAAGGUCUUAUAAGACUUCAAGAGAUUAUAAAACACGCUGAUCCGGAACAUAAGUGGCUAAUAAAAAGAUUAAAACCCGGCGAUGAUAACCGACCUUUAUUAAAAUCAUUGAAAGCUUCGGGAGAAACAAGGAUUAUACUAGAUUGUCCUGCGAACAGAGUGCUAGAGUACCUACGACAAGCUUAUGAAGUUAAUUUUUUUACAGAUUAUAUGAGUUAUGUUCUCAUGUCCCUAAAUGCACAUACAUUAGACUUAGAAGAACUAAGAUAUGGAUUAUCAAACGUAACAUGUUUUAGAAUUUUCGAUCAUUCAGACUCAAGAACCCGAUCUUAUUUAGCGGAUUGGAAAUCAAGGUCGUCUAAUGUAAAAAUACCUAGACAAACGUAUGAAAUUACGGUUGAAGCAGCUUUAGCUAGUGAUGCAGCAAGACUAAUAACAGACGCAGUAGAAAGUGCACCGGAAGAAUUUAAAAUAGAAGCAAAAGCAAUCGAAUGCGGUUCAGAAGAUAUAUGGGAAAUUGGAGAAGAGUUUACUAACCAUAUAUUAACAAAUCCUAUAAUAGGCAUUACAGACCAGAUCAUAUUAGAUAAUGUAACAGGAGAGCGUAUAAAUUUUAACCUAGAAAUAAUGGAACUCUCCAACAGUGGUUUUAAUAUGAUUGCAAAAUGGAAUCCCGAAACUGGAUACGAUUAUAUGAGAUCGGCGAAUGAAGUAUCUGACCUACUGGCUGAAAAAUGGCAAAAUAAAACCUUUAAAGUAGUCUCGCGUAUUGGAGCUCCAUAUUUAGUGGAAAAGAUACCGGAAGAAGGCGUGGUUUUAACUGGAAAUGAUCGAUAUGAAGGAUACUCAAAAGACUUGAUACACGAAAUAUUAAAAGAGACAUUAAAUUUGAACUAUGAAAUUGAGAUUGUACCGGGAAAUGGAUAUGGGUCAUAUUCAAAGGAAACAAAAAAAUGGAAUGGCCUCAUCGGACAUCUUUUAGAAAGGAAAGCUGAUUUGGCAAUCUGUGAUUUAACAAUAACGUACGAAAGAAGAUCUUCUGUAGAUUUUACGACGCCUUUUAUGACGUUAGGUAUAAGUAUUUUGUAUUUAAAAGCAAUUCCACCACCACCAGAAUUCUUUUCAUUUUUAAAACCAUUAUCUGUUGAUGUAUGGAUAUAUGUAGCCGCAGCAUAUCUAAUGGUAUCAUUUAUGCUUCAUAUUUUAGCCAGAUUUGCUCCGAAUGAUUGGGAAAACCCUCAUCCAUGCGAUAAAUCACCUGAAGAGUUAGAAAAUAUAUGGCACAUGAAAAAUUCUUGUUGGCUUACUAUGGGUUCUAUAAUGACACAAGGAUCUGACAUUUUGCCCAAAGGUUAUUCUACACGAUGGGUAUGUGGACUAUGGUGGUUCUUUGGAAUGAUCAUGUGUUCCUCAUAUACGGCAAAUUUAGCUGCGUUUUUAACUAAUGCUGCUAUGGAUGAUUCUAUCAAAAGUGUUGAAGAUCUAGUUAUGCAGACAAAAAUUAAAUACGGGACUGUAAACGGUGGCUCGACAUACUCAUUUUUUAAGCGUUCAAAUGUAUCUACUUAUCAAAGAAUGUGGUCUGCCAUGGAGUCUGCUCGACCAUCAGUUUUUGUGAAGAAUAACGAUGAGGGGGUAGACAGAGUUUUAAAAAGUAAAAGGACUUAUGCAUUUCUUAUGGAAUCUACUGCGAUAGAAUACCAGUUGGAAAGACACUGUGAUCUCAUGCAAGUAGGAGGCCUACUAGAUUCUAAGGGAUAUGGUAUAGCUAUGCCGUUUUAUUCAUCUUAUCGCACUGCUGUAGAUAAUGCCGUACUGAAAUUAGCUGAAAGCGGUAAAUUAGUUGAACUUAAAAAUCGUUGGUGGAAAGCACCAGAUACUGGAGCAUGCAUAUUGGAAGAAGCUGGAGAAGAGGGUGCCAGUGCAGGAGAAUUAGGGAUUGAAAAUGUCGGCGGUGUCUUUGUAGUACUUGGUGUUGGAUGUGGUAUAGCCUUGGGAAUGGGAAUUAUUGAAUUUCUAUGGCAUGUCAGAGAGGUUGCUAUAGAGCAAAAGAUGACUCAGACAGAAGCAUUCUGGGCAGAGCUAAUAUUUGCAUUAAGUUUCUGGGAAACAGAAAAACCAGUAAAUCAUUCACGUCCAUCAUCCUCUGCGUCUAAGUCCUCUGAAUCUAAAGUUGGAUCAAGAGCUUCCUCUGUUCUUCGUUCUGCCGCCGAUUUAUUCCAUAUUGAGAUGUUUAAAUAAUCAGGAGAUUGUCAUUUCAUAUA